GGAGGAGGAGGACAGACAGGAGGAGGAGGACAGACAGGAGGAGGAGGUCAGACAGGAGGAGGAGGAGGAGCACAGAGAGUCACCUAGAUGCAUAAGGAGGAGGAAGCUAAGCUCCCACAGGAGGAGGAGCGUUCACAGAGUCCGAACAGCUGACACAGGCUGUAAUAAUAAUGAUAACAAUGACCUCCACUCCUGCGUCCUCCCUUCACCUCCUCCCGUCCGCUGCAGCUCCCGCCUGGCUGCUAAACCACGACGCAUUCACUGCCGCUCUAACCGUGGGAAACAGCACCCUGAUCCCCCCACACAGACAGAGGGGCAGAGUGUGUCCACCACAGACAGGAGGGUGGGGUCCAUGAAGGCGUCUGAACGGGACACUGACGAUGCGCCUGCAGAGAGUGAGCGGGGGGCAGGGCUCACCUGUACCGUCGCGGAGAGAGAGAGGAGGUACAAAUGCUACAGCUGUGGGAAGAAGUUCUUUCAGAUCGGACACUUAAAGAAACAUCAGUUCAGCCACAUGGACCAGAAACCGUUCAGGUGUGACGAGUGUGGGCGGAGCUACACAUCUGCAGAGAGCUUCAGAGCUCAUCAGAUGAAUCACCGAGGGGAACGUCCCUUCUCCUGCCCUCACUGUGAGAAGACGUACAGCCUGAAGCGGGACCUGAAGGAGCACCUGGUGCUACACUCAGGGGAGAAGCCGUAUGUCUGCCAUCUCUGCGGGAAAGCCUUCGCACGCCGGCCGUCCCUACGCAUUCACCGCCUCCUGCACUGCAGCAGAGUGACCUACACUCAGACUCCAAAGGUUCAGUGUCCGCUCUGUCCCAAGCUGCUGGCUAACGGCGGCUCUCUAAGGAACCACAUGAAGCUGCACACGGGGGAGAAACCUCACAACUGUCAGCACUGUGGGAGGAGCUUCAGUCAGAAAGGUAAUCUGGAGUCUCACCUGAGGAUCCACAGUGGAGAGAAGCCGUAUCACUGCUCCGACUGCGAUAAGAGUUUCUCUCAGAAGACCGAGCUCCGUCGUCACAUGUUCUGUCACUCAGGGGGAGGAGGGUUCCUCUGCAGCUUCUGUGGAAAAUCUCUGAGAGACCCCCACAGCCUGAAGUCCCACGAGAGACUGCACACAGGAGAGAGACCACACCGCUGCCCUGUCUGUGGGAAAGGCUACACGUUGGCCACCAAACUGAGGCGACACAUCAAAACUUCCCACGCUGCAAAGAAACCAUUCAGUUGUCACUGUGGAGCCUCGUACACCGUGAGACAGAGUCUGCUCAGACACCAGGCACAGCACCCCGUAGAUGGAGGGGCCAAUAAAGAGAGGGCGGAGUCACAGGGAGGACCUCAGGAGGAGGGGAAGGGGGAGGGGUCACAGAAAGGAAACAGAGAGGACACUGACAGCAACAAGAGAGUGUAUUUACGCUCUGGUCACCAGAAGCCAAUCAGAGGACGACCCAGGAAGUACUCGCUCCCAGGGGAGAACAGGGCAGGGCAAGGGAAGAGGAGGAGGAUUCAGGGAAAAGAAGAUGCAGCAGACAGAGAAGGAGAGAAGGAGGCUUUGAGUGAUGUUGUCUACAUCCUCUCAGAAGAUCUGUCCUCGCAGAGUUCUGCCCCUCUGAUGCUCACAACCGAUAACUCGCUGCCAGGUGGGGCAGGGUCAGAGCUGGUGGAGGUGGUUAUAUCUGAUGAGGCGGAGCAGUGCAUUGUGGUCCAGGGGCAGCAGACGGUUGGAGAGCUGCUGAUCCUUCAGGAGGAAAGGAGUGGAGUCUGCUCUGUGGCUCAGACAGUGGAGAUAAACACGGGGUAACUGACACAGAGUGAAAUCAGAGCAUUAUUUACAGAGUGACGUGAUACAGGAAAAAUACUCUGUUACUGUUCUUCAUUACAAUCAUUGUCAGAUAACUGCUGAGAGCUGGGAUGUCCUACGGUUGAUUCCUCCUGUUUGAACUCUCAAUGGAGACUGUUUUCCAGCUUACACCAAAGCCUGCUUACAAAGGUUAAGGGAAACUGGAGCGCAGAGAAGAGAAGUCAAGUGAAUGUGAUGUCUGUCAGCGACAGGGAGAACUGUGAAUAUCUGCAGCUAAGUAACUAAGGUCAUCUACAACAUUAUUAAGACAAGUGACAUCAGUUAGAGUAAUUUUGUGAAUUCUGUAGCGUAAUUAAUUUAUUAAGAUUUUUGUAGUGACUAUCUAAUGUCCAAAUUUCUUCUCUUGCCUUUAGUCACUUGCAUAGGUGUAUGGAAAGUUCUUUAUGCGUAAAAAAUAAACAAAUGUCCAAAAUUAAA